GAUUGUUUCAUUCAAAUUGCACUGAUUGAUAAGAAACAAAAGGAAUAAUGUUUGAUCAAAGCUGUCAGUAGAAGAAAAGAAAGAGUUCGAAUGUUGAAGACGUCAGAAAAAGAACUGAAGAGCCGCCCUGGUUCGUCGUUGCUUCUGAAGUCACGAUGAAUCCCCCUUCCCUGUUGAUCGUAGUCAUUCUUUCAUCAGACUAUUUAGUAAAAGUUUUUGUUCUAAUCAACUGAAUUACUUUAAAGAAAAAUCAUUUGUCAGAACUCUUUAAUUUUAUCAAAUUUUACAAAUUACCCUCAUGUUCAAAAAAAUACAGAGUAUAUGCUAGUAUGUCAUUUGCAUUUAUAAUACUUGGUAUUGGAGUUCCUCUAUGGUGGCAUACAACAUCAGUUUUACGUGUACCUCUUCCUUACUCUGGAAUAGCAGAUUUGUCGAAUUUAGAAACCAAGUUUCAAACUAAAAUUGUCAUUGCUGCAACAUCAUUGACAUAUGCUGAAACAUUAAUGAAUGAAAUAAUUAAUUCAUUGGAAAAACCAACUUUACUGAGACUAGAUAUAUCUCACAAAAUUGUUUCAAAGGAUGUAGUAAAUUCUGCAUUUACAUUGUAUGACCAUGAAAAAAUAGCAGAAAAAUUUGAUGUACAAAUUGGCCAAUUACUAUUUUUAGAAUCACCAAAUUUUAAUCAGAUUUUUAUUGGUCUCAAAAGGAAUAUCUUCUUUCCAUCGAAAACAAAGGGUUCAGAGCUAACUCAUAUCCUGUCGCAAAUUAUUCUGAGAGAUAAAUCACUUCUUCUAACUCAGAAUGCUUUAACGGAACCCACAAUAUAUCGUCUAGAUGAAGAAAACCGUCGACGAUUUCCCCCAAGUGUAAAUUAUGAUGUUCUCGUGACAAUAAUCAACCCAGAUCCCGACAGGUUAAAAAUAAAGUGGAAUUUGUUGACAUUGACUGAAGAUUACAUCGAACCAUUUCUCAAUCAGCUCUCUAUGGUUGCAAACUUUUCUAUCAAAUCUCAGUGGCUUUAUUUGCUUCCUUUUGCUAUUACUCCAAAACAAAUUAUUGAUAGCAGCCCACUAAGAAGACAUUAUGCCUUUGUAGAAGAUAUUCUUCCACAAUUAAUAACACCAUUAGAAAAAAAAUUGGCAUCCCAAGUCAGUCUCCAUCCAUGUAUCAAUCUCGUAAUGUAUGCUGUGCCUUGUAGUGAAUCACCUAUUUAUAUUUAUACGAAAACUGGACACAAAUCUAAGUCAUUAAAUAAUAUAGAAGCGUUUAUGUCUCCAAGAUGGGGUGGAGUUGUUAUAUCAAACCCACCAUUAGAUGUAUGCAAUCAAACAAUUAUUGAAGAUAGUUAUGAUAGUGUAGUUGAAGUGGAACCUAAUCCUUUACUCAUUAUGGGUACUUUUCUGUCACAAUUGAGGCUUCUAUUGGGGAUUCCUGAACCUGAUGAUGAGAUUCCAAAUAUCUCUAUUGUAGCUCUUGGAGAAACCCUUAUUCGGGAUUGGGAGCUCGAUGCACUUCUACGAGUAAAAGCCGUUGAACAGCUCACUUCAGCUAAGCUUACUCUUCAAUCACUAGCACAACUUCUUGAAGAAAUCAGUAAUAUUGUGAUUACGGAGACUGUUGGCAAUCGAAUAAAGAAAGCUCUGGAGCUUAUAAAAUUAUCAGCACAAAAAUUAAAUAAUGGAGAAUUAGUAGAUGGAUUCCUGCUAAGCAAAGAAGCUUUUAUUACUUCAGAAGCAGCAUUCAGCGAUCCAUCACUUUUAGCUCUGUUAUACUUCCCAGAAGAUCAAAAAUAUGCUGUUUAUAUUCCUCUAUUUUUACCUAUUAUGAUACCAGUAUUAUUUUCUAUCAAAAAUAUCAAACAAUAUUAUUUUCCAAAUAAGCCAAAUUGAAUAAUUUUAGGUUUAUAGUUGAUCAGAUAAAAGAUGAACUAAUAAAAUGUACAAAUGUUACUAUAUAUCUAUUAAUGAAACAAAUAAAU